AUGCCCUUUUUCAAUAACUGUUUUCAAAAUGUCUUUGCAAAGGAUUCCGAACCCGCCAAACCCAAGGUUCGGUUUUUACUUCCAGGGGAGUCAUCAGGCUCACCAAUCUUAGAACCCAGCUCAGUCUAUAGGGACUCCAGGUAUCUAAGAAAAGCUGGAACUGAAACUUAUGGCGAGAUUUUUCAGAAUAAGCUGGAUUACACAGAGCCAUCAACGGGAAUACCAUUAAUUAGAAGGCGCGCUUUAGAAGCUGAGAAUGCAAAGCAGCCACCAAAGAACAGCCCUCCGCAUUUCUCUCCACCAAAGUCGAUCUUUGUACGCAUUGCGGAGGAUCCACGUGUUUUUCCCGAUGAUUUUAUGGAUAUGCUGGAUGGCACAGAAGUAUCAGUUGCGUCAGAAUCAGUUGUUUUGCAAAAUGCAGAGUCAAGUUUGAUCUAUGAUAAACUUAGAGGUCCAGUAAAUAUUGGAAUUGAUUUUUCCUCCGAGAGUCGCCAGACAAGGAGGGAGGAUAUAAUUACGGAAUCUGACACAGUAACAAUCCUGAGGAGUGCUUCACAAGUAGAGGAGGCAUCCAAUAACAGCUUCACCUCGCCCUAUGACAGUCCAAGCCAACUUCAAUUUCAUGUUGCUAAUGAAACCACAGAUGGAAACGCGGAUGUACCAUGUACAUCUGCCUUAUCAGAAUUUGAGUCUAGCUCGGUGUAUGAUGAUGAAAUCAUUCCGAGAGAGGCUCCAUAUCAUGUUGCUAUUAAAACCACAGAUGGAAACGCGGAUGUACCAUGUACAUCUGCCUUAUCAGAAUUUGAGUCUAGCUCGGUGUAUGAUGAUGAAAUCAUUCCGAGAGAGGCUCCAUAUCAUGUUGCUAUUAAAACCACAGAUGGAAACGCGGAUGUACCAUGUACAUCUGCCUUAUCAGAAUUUGAGUCUAGCUCGGUGUAUGAUGAUGAAAUCAUUCCGAGAGAGGCUCCAUAUCAUGUUGCUAUUGAAACCAUAGAUGGAAACGCGGAUGUACCGUAUACAUCUGUUAUACCAGAAUUAGAGUCUAGCUCGCCCUAUGACGUUCCAAGCGCAUUUCCAUUUCAUGUUGCUAUUGAAACCAUAGAUGGAAACGCGGAUAUACCGUAUACAUCUGUCUUACUGGUAUCAGCCCCCUUGUCAGAUGCUGUGAGCUCAGUUGAAAGAACCAAUUGGAAUAACCAAAACUCAGAGGACUGCGAUUUUGUUUCUGUGGAUAUUAGGAUUCCAGAGGAAAACGAUUCCUGUAUGAAUCAAUUAAAGGAGCCUAAAAAGAGUAGGAUACCACUGUUCAAAUUGUUUGCACGGCUCAAGAAGAGCAGAAAGACUCUGUUUAAACCGUUUUCAUGGUUCAAGAAGAGCAAAACGACUCUGUUCAAACCGUUUGCAUGGCUAAAGAAACGGGCAGAAAAGAAGGAGUUAAUAGAAAAAGUUGUUUUGGCUGAAAGUGAUGAUCAACAACAACAACUGCUGCUAAAAGAACAACAACAACAACAACAACAACAACAACAACUGCUGCUAAAAGAAGAACAACAACAACAACAACAACAACAACAACAACAACAACAACAACAACAACAACAACAACAACAACAACAACAACAACAACAACAACAACAACAACAACAACAACAACAACAACAACUACAACAACUACAACAACUAUUACAACAACAACAACUAUUACAACAACAACAACUAUUACAACAACAACAACUAUUACAACAACAACAACAACAACAACAACAACAACAACAACUAUUACAACAACAACUACUAUUACAACAACAACAACUAUUACAACAACAACAACAACUAUUACAACAACAACUACUAUUACAACAACAACUACAACAACAACAACAACUACUAUUACAACAACAACAACUACUACAACAACAACAACAACUACAACAACAACAACAACCGUCGUUACCUCAACCAUUUGAACUAGUGUGA